AUGCUGGCGAAGCGGCCACGAGAUCCCUUCCAGGCCCUGCAGCGCCGCAACCGGGAGCUGAAACAACAGGUUGAUGGUUUACUUUCUGAGAGCCAAUUGGAAGGGACUCUAGAAGUCAAUAAAAGGCGAGAUAUUUACCAAAGAAUUGGAACACUUACUGAAAGAGAUGAUAAUGAUUCUACUGAAGAAGAGGAGGAGGAAGAAAAUGAAGAAGAGGAAGACGAGGAAGAUGAAGAAGACAGUGAAGAAAGUGGUGAGGAGGAAAAAGGAACAGAAAAAGAAGACAGACAGGAAAAUGAUUCUCACACAGAGACAGCAAAUAACGAAUAUAUUGCUGUUGGAGAUUUUACUGCUGAACAAGUUGGGGAUCUUACAUUCAAGAAAAGGGAGAUUCUCAUAGUCGUUGAAAAGAAGCCUGAUGGUUGGUGGAUAGCGAAGAACACCCAAGGAAAUACAGGUCUUGUUCCCAGAACCUACCUGGAGCCCAAUAAUAAAGAAAAAGGUCUAGAGUCCAGUGAAGAAGGCAGUGAAGAAGAUGUGGAGGUCAUGGAUGAAACAGCUGAUGGAGCAGAAGUUAAGAAAAGAAAUGAUUCUCAUUGGAGUGCUGUUCGAAAAGCUAUCUCAGAGAUAAGCACUGUUGAUGUGCUAACUACCAUGGGAGCUAUUCCUGCAGGAUUCCGACCUUCCACACUCUCCCAGCUUCUGGAGGAAGGGAAUCAAUUUCGAGCAAGUUACUUCUUACAACCAGAGCUCACUCCAUCACAACUGGCCUUCAAAGAUUUGAUGUGGGAUGCUGAGGCAGGCACUAUUAAGUCAAGAACAAGUCGUGUUUCAUUGAUUCUGACACUAUGGAGCUGUAAAAUGAUUCCUCUCCCAGGAAUGAGCAUACAGGUUCUCAGCAGACAUGUCCGCCUCUGUCUGUUUGACGGUACCAAGGUUCUAAGCAACAUUCAUACUGUCAGAGCCACAUGGCAACCUAAAAAGCCCAAAACAUGGACCUUUUCUCCCCAGGUUUCCGGCAUCUUGCCAUGCUUGCUUGAUGGUGAUUGUUUUAUCAGGUCCAAUUCUUCAUCACCAGAUCUUGGGAUAUUAUUUGAACUUGGAAUUUCUUAUAUUCGCAAUUCAACUGGUGAAAGAGGAGAGUUAAGCUGUGCCUGGGCAUUUCUUAAACUUUUUGAUGCCAGUGGAAUUCCUAUCCCAACAAAGACUUAUGAGCUCUUCCUGAAUGGUGGCACCCCUUAUGAAAAAGGUGUUGAAGUGGAUCCUUCAGUAUCCAGAAGAGCACAUGGCAGUGUUUUCCAUCAGAUGCUGACAAUGAGAAGGCAGCCUCAACUUCUAGUAAAGCUGAGAUCUUUGAGCAGAAGGUCAAGAACUAUCCUAAGCCAACUGCCAGAAACAUUAGUUGGAAGUAUGUGCUGCAUUCACUUGCUGGUGUUUUAUCGCCAAAUCCUUGGAGAUGUGCUUCUGAAAGAUAGGGCAAGCUUGCCAAGUGCUGAUUUAAUUAGUAAUCCAGUACUGGCCACCUUCCCCAAGAUCUUGGACCAGCCUGAUAUUAUGGAUGCUCUCAGGAGUUCAUGGGCUGAGAAAGAGAGCACAUUAAAAAGAUCAGAGAAGAGAGACAAAGAGUUCCUGAAGGCCACAUUUAUCCUGGUUUACCAUGACUGUGUGUACCCACUGGUUCAUUCCACACUCCUGCCCCCAUUCAGAUGGGCGGAAGAAGAGACGGAGGCUACUCGAUGGAAAGUUAUUGCUGACUUCCUUAAGCAAAACCAAGAAAAGGAGGGUGCGCUCCAGGCUCUGCUGUCACCAGAAGGAGUUCACGAACCCUUUGACCUUUCCGAGCAGACCUAUGACUUCUUAGGUGAAGUAAGAAAGAACGCAACGUGA